AUGGGCGGGAAGAGGAAGAGAGGAAGCCGGGGACGACAUACACACGCACAGACACAUAGAAAACGCGUGGACCACGACAAGGUAUUCAAGGGGCUCACAUCUCUACGCGAGGCGGGCAUCUGCCCCAAGUGGCUCGUGCUCGAUGACGGCUGGCAGUCCACCUCCAACAGUGACGCCCCCAACGGGGAGCAAUGGAUGGACCACCUGACGUCGAUCAAGGCAAACGGGAAAUUCCGGGACGAGAAGGAAGGGACGGACCUGUCCCGUACCGUGAAAAGGGCCCAAGAGGAGUUCGGCAUCGACUACUUUUUGGUUUGGCACGCCAUCGCCGGGUACUGGGCGGGAGUAGACCUCGACUCCCCGGACUUGGUUAAGUACAAGCCGCGCCGGGCUUUGCUGAACCGACCACCUGGUAUCGUGGAGGUGGACCCGGACAUGAAGAUGUUCUUCCGCGUGUCCAAGUUCCUGAACAAGCGUUUCGGGGUCGUGCCCCCCGAGAAGAUCCGGUCCUUCUACGACGACUACCACCGCUACCUCAGGUCCCAGGGAGUGCACGGAGUUAAGGUCGACGCGCAGUCGGUGGUAAACUUUUUAGGUCGGGGGAACGGGGGCAGCGUGAUGCUCGCGAGGGCGUUCCACACCGCCCUGAGCAAGAGCGUGAGGAAGUACUUUUCCGACAGCGACGGGGAGAAGGGGGAGGGCGGCCGCAUCAUCCACUGCAUGUGCCACGACAGCGAGAUUCUCUUGCAGCUCCCGGCUUGCUAUGGGCGACAACCCGUCAUCCGCGGUUCGGAUGACUUCUACCCGAGAGACAAGGGGAGCCACAGCCCGCACAUCUACGCCAACGCGUUUAACAGCCUCAUGAUCAGCAGCUGUGGCCUGCAGGACUGGGAUAUGUUCCAGACGAACAUCGGAGACGCGAGCUGGAUGCACGCGGCUUCACGAGCGGUCAGCGGCGGGCCGGUGUACAUAAGCGACAGACCAGGCGACCAUAACACGGAGAUAUUGCGGCGAAUGGUGCUGGAGGACGGGGGGGUACUCAAGCCUCCGGCCAACGCUUUGCCGUGCCUCAAGUCGCUGUUCGUCGACCCUCAGAGGGAGGAGGACGCCCUCCUGUCCAUCUGGAACGAGUGCGAGGCGCCUGGGCAUGGGGUCGUGGCGGUGUUUAACCUGUUCGGGUCGGCGUGGAGCCAGGGGCGGCGGACUUACGCGCCGGUCCGCACCUCCAGCGGGGCCCUGAGCGGGGUCCCCGUGAAUGGGGAACCUGCGGGGCAGAACGGGGGGGAGGGGGGCGUGGGGGUGGGGGGAGGGGUCAGGCCCAGCGACUGCCACCGGCUCUUGCGCGACCACAGGGCGGAGGUGAAGGAGGCGGGCGUUGUCGGGGACGACUCGAGGUACGCGGUCUACUUCCACUUCGGCGACCGACUGGGGGUCGGCGGAUUGGACGACGAGCACCCCCUCGUCUUGUCCAAGGGGAAGUGUGAGGUGGCGGCCAUCAGCAAGGUCCUCACAUUCGACACUGUGGCCGGGACGGAGGGGAAGUGGGCGAGCAUUGGCUUAGUCGACAUGUUCAACGCCGGCGGCGCCAUUGUCUCGGAGAAGCUGUCCUAUCAAGGAGGCAGAGCUCAGGCGGACAUGACGCCGGGACCGCGAGGGAGUCCCGUCCCUAGAGCUUGCGCUUCCCACGGGGUACACGGGAAAGCCCAGGUCGCUGGUGGUGCAGUGGGACAAGGAUUCGCGGCUUGCCGCCGGUAG